UCCGUGUGAACGAGCAGAUCUCCACGCAGCGAGCAUCCAGAGAGUCGCGCCUCGCGCCGACGGAGCGGACAUGGGCAGAGCGAUGGUGGUCAGACUGGGGCUGGGGUUGCUGCUUCUGGCACUGCUCCUACCCACGCAGAUUUAUUGCAACCAAAUAUCUGUUGCACCGUUUUCAAGUAACCAGAAUAUCUCUACUGCCCCAAAUCCAACCAAUGCCACCACCAGAGCAGGUGCCAGUGCCCUGCAGUCAAUAGCUGGUCUUCUCGCCGUCUCACUUUCUCUCCUACAUUUCUACUGUUAGAGACUCAGGCCAAGAAAUGUCUCUACUUCCCCAUCUUCCAGACCCAGCCCAAAUGGUAACCACAAGUCCAGUGUGACCCGGAAGAAACAGGUCCACAUCAAAUCUACUAUUGCUGCACCUCAACAGAAAACAUUGAGAAUUCAUGUGAAGGGUAUUGUGACAGAUGAUGAACACCAGUAUUGAAUCUGAUGGAGUUUUAUGUUCAAGAUGAAGAGAUAACAUCCAGUGUUGACGACGUGAUUUCCUUGAACGAGGCUUAAGAAAUGUGGACGUUUACUCUAUCUUUAAAUGAAGCAUAGGAUUUAUGUAGAGAUAAGGAUGGGAUGUGGGAUGAAGAUUCAGUUUUCAUUGGCUCAUUACCUGUAAGGCUAUAACACAGCUAGGUGAUAUUAAAGAU